AUGACCUAUUGGUAUGAAAAUCCAGAGAAACAUAAGGAUGGGCGCCAUUGGAUUGGAGUCUGUAUAUCACUUGCAUACAAUGCAGAGCUACAUCUCGACUACUCAGAUCACCCAAAUUGGAACUUCCGAAGGAUUCUAUGGUGGAGCAUCUUUACACGCGAUAGACUGAUGUCACUGGGACUGCAACAGCCUCCUAUGAUCAAAGAUCAAUUUCAGUCAUCCAUCCCGGUGCUUAGAAUCGACAAUGAUGAUAUAGUGACACCAAGAUUCAGGUCCGGGCUUGGAUUCUCAUACUACGGCGACAAUCACGAAAAGCUAGCUCGGAUUUUUAUCGAGAAAGUUAAUCUCUGCUGUUGCAUCAAAGAUGAUCUUUAUUCCUGGGAUUGCCAGUCGAUUAACAUGCGGCCUAUCGUUUCACAGCCUCGCAGAUCAUGUCUUUGGCUUUCAAAACUGGAGUUGGAAGAUUGGCUUCAGGCCUUGCCCAAAAGCAUAUCAUUCUCUUCGGUCCCAUUUAUGGCCAAUGAAUCUGAGCUUCUUCUCUACUCUCAUUGCGCUUGGUUGAAAAUGAUUUACCUUGAGCUGCACAGCACUCUUCAUCGACAACUCGACUUCCUAUCGGAACAAUAUAGUCCACGCCAGCAAUUAUCUCUUGAAUCACCGAACUGCCCAGUUCUUCAAAGUGCAGUUGAAUUUACUACAAUUUUACAAGACCUCAACGAGAAGCAUCUCACAGCCUAUCUUACGACGACUAGCGUUCCGAUGAUUUUACGAAUGGGACUCCUGCAUAUACAAGAGGUCUUUUCCGCCGACUCAGAAGCGGACGGUUCCAGCCUUCGCCGGCUGCUGCACCUCAUAUUUUCACUUCAGCAACUGGGUAGUAGAUAUGGAUCGGCCUUAUUUGUCGCCUCGUUGCUAGGAGCUCCACGUGGCUCCUCUAUCGCUACGGCAUCACCUCAUGAGAUAUUAGCGCAUGUCGAUGUUGAGUCAUUGGGUCGACUGACUUCUGCAUACCAUGACCAUUCGGUCCCGACGGUACUCAAAAUUAGAGAGCCGUAUGAUGUGGACAUCGUCUCGGGGCUCAAGUCAAAGGUUGCUAAUUUAAAAAUUGCGGCUUCCUAA